CAGCAGAGUGGGUGAAAAAGGAGAGAAAGAAAGAUGUUUACUUGUUGACUAGUUAGUCAACAUGAUACAUUAAGCUGGAAGUUAGAGCAAGAGAGCAUCAGCUGAAAGUAGGUGCCACUGAACUACAGGAAUUUCUUAACUGUGUUUUCAGAAGACGGCUCAACCUAUUCCAUGAAGAAGAAGUCGAGAUACAGUCCUUGGAUGUCUUGAUACUGCUCUCAGUGUUGGAUCUGAAAUAUCGAUUUCUUUUUUUCUUCAACACAAAAUAAUAGUGAAGAUGUCAGCCGCAUUUGGGGACAGCAAUCUGUUAUUACUGUAGGUAACAGCUACUUCAUUUGGAGUUUACAUCCAUAAUCCACACAUUUUUUUAGAUUCCUUUAAGUCAUAUCACAUACAGAAUAUACAAAAAACAAAGUAUUAGUAGUAGUAAAACACAUAGUGCUAGUAUGUGGGCUUGUAUAACAGACUUCUUCACCUACGAAACCACCAAGUCGGUGGUAGUGAAGAGCUGGACCAUCGGCAUCAUUAACCGUGUCGUCCAACUCCUCAUCAUCACUUAUUUCGUUGGGUGGGUGUUUGUCAAUGAGAAGGCCUACCAGGUGAGAGACACAGCUAUUGAAUCCUCAGUGAUGACCAAGGUCAAAGGUUUUGGAAUCUACAACGACAAGGUCAUGGAUGUUGCAGACUACGUCACUCCUACACAGGGAGCUUCAGUCUUUUGCAUCAUCACCAAAAUGAUCACUACAGAGAACCAAGUCCAAGGAUACUGCCCAGAGAGUGAGAAAAAGUAUAAUUGUGCCAAAGACAGUGACUGCACAAAGCACCUCAACAAGCCAGGAAGUUAUGGAAUUCUUACAGGGAAAUGUGUUCCUUUCAACACCACAGUCAACAGAUGUGAGAUAAAAGGAUGGUGUCCUGCCGAAAUCGACACCAUCAAGACUACGCCAAUGAUGGAAGUUGAGAAUUUUACCAUUUUCAUUAAGAAUAGCAUCCGCUUCCCAACCUUCAACUACACCAAAGGAAACUUCCUUCCUACCAUCACUGAUGAUUACAUCAAAAAAUGUAACUUUGACAUGGUCAACAACACCUACUGCCCCAUCUUCAGAGUGGGAGAUGUCGUCCGCUACGCACAGCAGAACUUCACUAAACUGGCAGACAAGGGAGGAGUGAUUGGAAUAAAGAUCGGCUGGAUAUGUGAUCUGGACAAGUCAGAUGACCAGUGUAACCCUUCAUACUCAUUCACCCGACUGGAUGCCAUGUCACAGAAGAAUGAUGUCUCACCUGGCUACAAUUUCAGGUUUGCCAAAUAUUAUAAGAUGGAUAAUGGGACGGACUACCGCACUCUGGUCAAAGCCUAUGCUAUUAGGUUUGAUGUUCUGGUCAAUGGAAAUGCAGGGAAGUUCAACAUGAUCCCUACGCUCAUUAACAUGGUGGCAGCCUUCACGUCAGUGGGAGUGGGCACAGUGCUGUGUGACAUCAUACUGCUGAACUUCCUGAAAGGAGCAGAGCAAUACAAGGCCAAGAAAUUUGAAGAGGUGUCAGACAGCCCGCUGGGUACCCAAAGCCAUGGGCUGUACUGCUCCCAGUUGUCACUCAGACAUAACGAGACCAUCAUGAGGUCCACUGACUCAGGGGCAUUUUCAAUUGAUCAUUACGGCUGAAUGGACAGAAGCUACAGCCAAUGGUCAGGGAGCAGUAGACUGAGGACGACAGAUGUGGGUUGGGUUUCUCUAAAAAUUGGCCAGCAUGGUAGCCCAGUGGACAGCACUGUGGCCUCACAGCAAGAAGGUUCAGAACUUGGUCAGCCCAGCCCUUUCUGUGUGGAGUUUGCAUGUUCAAGUCCCUUUCAUUUCAAACUGUGGAUUGUUUAUUGCUUGCACUUCUAGUUUUGUAAUUGUUUCCAUUAUGCUAUGCAGUGCUGUAAAAUAUACUCGGUUUUUUUUUCUGCAUCACAAUGACAUGCUCUGUCAACAAAUUAAAGUGCACAGUAAAAGCGUAACUGUGAAUCUUGUCCAAUCUCUUGCAAUGUUUACUGUAACUCUGUACUGUUGAAAUUGAUCUAUGCCAUACAGAAAAAGCGUAGCUUUGUGCAUUUUUAAUCAUUGUCAUCCAAACCUUAGCCAUAGUUUACCAAUAUAAACAGUUUUGCUAAUGUUAAGGAUGAUUCUAGAAAUGUACCACUGACUGACGACUGAGAAAAAGUCAUUUUCUUGUGAAAAAAAGAAGCUCCUGCAAUACAGUUUUUCUCAGUUGUUUACACAGUAGAACUGGUACCUGAGACACAAUGACCACAGCCUGUAAUUGAUGUACUCCCUGAACACAAUACAAGCACAUUUCCUGCUUUACACCCAGCUUGCAGUUUUUUACAGUAACACAACAUUCAAAACACUACACACAUUUCUCUACGCACAUAAACAUAACAUUUUUGUA